CGUGGAAGCAAAAAAAGAGUCCCGUGUCAUUUCUCUUAUUAAACACAACAUUCUACUAAAAACUUCAACGUUCUCCACAUGAACAUACAUAUAAAUAGACGAGAUUCAAAUUGCUCCUACUCUUUACGUGAUUCUAAGCAGUUUUAUUUUGCCUUUAGAAUCCCUUUCAGCGGUUUCCCGGGGUGGAAGGAUGGCGUAAAGUUGACAGUUUUCUAUCUUUUCCAGCGCCACAGAGACCAUCAAUGUUCAGUCGCUGCCAUUCGUAGAUGCUUCGAGACUUCUGUCGGUGGUGUCAACCAUAAAUAGAAUUUUGCUGAUGUCUUAUUUUUCUGCCGUUGUAAAAUCAUUGCGUUCUCCGUGAGUUGUAGGCUUUUACCGUUGUACACCCGACGAACAGUUAUUGACGAAACACAUUGUUACUAUAUACUGUAUCUAUACUCCCUCCAUUAAAAAGCAGAACAAAUAAAUGAGAAUUAAAUGUUGUAGUUUAAGAAUUUGUUUUCUCUGUCUCUUGCCAGUAAGAGACACACAUGGAAGACAACCCGCCAGGGAUGGUUGUGUGUACUGAGGGACUCUUCAGUUGUUGACUGAUAUUCAGUUGCACACAUUUCCAUGCAAGGACUGAAGUCGAUUCACGAAGUGAAGGCUCCGAGCGCGGGACUGUGCUUCUCCGCAUUCACACACUGACGACCGCUGAUGUGUCACCUGCAACCACCAUCUGCUGUUGUUGCAUCGUAGUGCUGUUUAGACCCUGUCAUGUCAGUCAACUGGUUUUCAAGGAGUAACCUGCAGUUCCUGCUGGGACUGUCCAUAGGCCUGGCGGUGUCGUUUGUCAUGACGUCAUACCGAGAAUUGACGCACGUACAGACACGUCAUCACGACUCCACUUCGCGCAUGAGCAUUGAGACUUUCCUGCAUCACGACCACGAGGGCAUUGAGGACGACCUUGCAGAAGGACCUGCCAACGGGAAGGCAGUCAACUUCCAGGACACCCACUCUCACCAUGAUGACGACCUCGUGGCCAAGGACCUGACGAAGAAGCAUCCAGUGCUGUGCUGGGUUAUGACAUCACCUACGACGUUGGACAAAAAAGCCGUGCACGUGCGCAACACGUGGGCCAAGCGCUGCAACACGGCUUUGUUCAUGAGCUCGCAGUGGAACGCCAGCUUCCCUACCAUCGGCCUCAAUGUCUCCGAGGGCAGGCAGCACCUGACGGCCAAGACCAUGAAAGCCUUCUACUACAUCUACGAGAACCACUUCAACGACGCUGAUUGGUUCCUCAAGGCUGACGACGACACCUACGUCAUCGUUGAGAACCUGCGUUAUUUCUUGUCCUCCUACAAUUGCCAGGAGCCCAUCUACUUUGGGCAGGUGUUCAAGGUUCUGGUCAAGCCGCAGGGCUACACCAGUGGGGGCGCUGGCUAUGUCUUGAGCAAAGAGGCCUUACGGAGGGUCGCCACGCUCGGCAAAAACGCGUCGGUGUGUCGCCAAGACGGCGGUGCCGAAGAUAUGGAGAUGGGGAAAUGUCUGCAGAAUCUGGGUGUGAAGCUUAUGCCAUCAGUGGACAACUUGGGCAGGUCCCGCUUCCACUGCUUUGGACCAGAAGGUCACGUGCACGGAGGAUUUCCCAACUGGUAUCAUCACUACGAUGCCAACGGGGCUAGAACGGGCAUUGAAAAUGUGAGUGAUUACGCCAUUUCGUUUCAUUACAUGGGCCCAGCAAAGAUGUACACCAUGGAGUAUUUUGUCUACCACCUGAGACCUUAUGGCAUUAUUUCACGGACUCAGACCCUUAACCUAGACAAAGGGAGGCAAUAUUCUCUCAGGCUGGUUGCGCAGAGUUUACUGAUGAAACGUAAGCUUUUGCGGUGGCGUCGGCGGCGGCUGUUAGCAGCGAUGUUUCCCAGACAAGUAAGUCUUCGCUUUUUGCUGGGCCUGGUCCUGGGACUCUCAGUCUCCCUCUUCCUGAGAUCGUACGAGGAGUUGGUUCGGCCGCGGACAGACCACGCGAGGAACGUGAGGCUGAGGAUGGACAACUUUCAUGACUUGCCAGAGAACGACAAGAACCUGAGUGGACCUGCUGACGUCAGAGAGACCAGUUUUGACGACGCAUCUCACCACGACGAUGAUUCCAUUGCAAAGAAUCUGGCCAAGAAAACUCCAGUACUCUGCUGGGUUAUGACAUCACCUCAAACUCUGUUCACGAAGGCCGUGCACGUGCGCAACACGUGGGCCAAGCGCUGCAACACGGCUUUGUUCAUGAGCUCGCAGUGGAACGCCAGCUUCCCUACCAUCGGCCUCAAUGUCUCCGAGGGCAGGCAGCACCUGACGGCCAAGACCAUGAAAGCCUUCUACUACAUCUACGAGAACCACUUCAACGACGCUGACUGGUUUCUCAAGGCUGACGACGACACCUACGUCGUCAUGGAGAACCUCCACUACAUGUUGUCGUCUUACGAUGCGAAGGAGCCGCUCUACUUCGGACAGGAGUUCAGGACGUUCCGUGCCCACGGCUAUGCCAGCGGGGGUGCCGGCUAUGUCUUGAGCAGAGAGGCCUUGAGGAGACUGGCCACCGGAGGCAGGAACGAGUCAGUGUGUCAUCAAGAUGGCGGGGCGGAGGAUAUGGAGAUUGGGAAGUGCUUGCGGAACUUGGGGGUCAAGAUCGUCCCAACCGUAGACAAGCUCGGCAGAUCCCGCUUUCACUGCUUCGAAAUUCACGCCCACCUGGCAGGUAACUACCCGGACUGGUACUAUGAGUACGACGCUAAUGGAGCAAAAUCAGGAAUAGAAAACAUUAGUGACUACGCCAUAACGUUUCAUUACGUGAAAGGACGAGGGAUGUACGCCAUGGAGUAUUUAAUUUAUCAUCUCAGGCCGUAUGGCAUCAUUUCUGGAAGUCAGUCUCUCAACAUCGGGAAAGGGCAGAAAGUUGAAAACAAAACCAACACAAGGCUGGGAAGCUGACUGAGACUGUGUGUGUGUGAAGUCUGCAUCGCAGAACACUAAUUACUCUUGCCACGUGUUUCUCUUGACACCAGAGGAAAGUAGGGGAUAGAGCAACAGGUUAGAAUGACUGGGUUAGAAGGAGAAAGAAGAUUUAUACAGAUUGUGUUGGCUGGUUGGUUAUUGUGUGACUGUGCCGAUCGACAUGCUGUGACACGUGCGGGCACAAACAGACGGGAAAAGCAGGAUUGGGUGUCCGAGAGGUGAAAAGACAGAAAAAGACACGCAGAGAUACAGACAGAUAUAUAAAUCUCGCCAUUUAGGGAAAAAAUUUAUUCCUAUAGACCACGCUAACUGAUCGAGAACGCCUGCAGUACCUCCCGCGCAGAGGCGCAUCAUCUCUUUUGUUUCACCCCUAGCAGAUAUAAACAUUUAAAUUAAGUUCAAUGUUGAUUUGCUGUGGACACUGAAACAUAUUUGCUUUUUAAAAAAAAAAGUUUUUCGUUAAGCGAAACAAUAUAUCCUACUGCAAGUAUCAGAAAAAGUAUAAUUUUGUGUUAGAAAUUUAGUGUUAGACUGCAUGAAAUGACAAAUAAAGUA